AUGGCGGAAGCGGUGGCGACGAACAUCUCGUCGAUGACAUUAGUUGACUGGCUUGACGACCUGACCGUCCGCUUCCUCCUCAACCUCCCACCGACCGAACUGAGCAGCGUGCCGCGCAUCUGCUUUCAAAUCGAAGAGGCGCAAUGGUUCUACGAAGACUUCAUACGACCACUGAACCCGCAACUCCCCAGCCUAAACCUGCGGCAGUUUCUCUUGGCUCUAUUUCAGCACUGUCCCUUGCUUCAAGGCUUCGACGCCGCCCAGCAUGUUGCAGUGUACGAGGAAUUCCUCUCCUACAAGACGCGCGUCCCCGUACGAGGGGCUAUAUUGAUGGACGAUAGUAUGGAAAAGGUGCUGUUGGUACGAGGCUGGAAGAAGGGUGCCAGCUGGAGUUUCCCGCGUGGGAAGAUCAACAAGGACGAGAAGGAUCUUGUCUGCGCAAUUCGCGAAGUCAAUGAGGAAACAGGAUUCGACAUCAGUGCCACGGACCUGGUGGAGUCGAACCUGCAGCCCGAUGGUCAGGUAAAAUCGAUCGAUGUCACUAUGCGUGACCAGCACAUGAAGCUAUACGUCUUUCGUGGAGUGGCAUUGGACACGCACUUCGAGCCAAAGACUCGCAAGGAGAUCAGCAAGAUCCAGUGGUACAACAUCAGGGACCUUCCUGGAUUCAAGAAGCAAAAGGGUGCCGCUGGACAUGGUCAAGGAGACGCCUCGUCGAGCAAGUUUUACAUGGUAGCGCCAUUCCUGGGACCGCUGAAGAAGUGGAUUGGCCAGCAGCGGAGGAAGGAAGCCGGCGCGACACAGGCUCAGCACGCAAGACAAGUAUCAUCUGCGAACGAGGGCUUCCAAACUGGAGUGACAGAAUACGAGGGUGAGACGGAGCAGGAACUUAUACCAGAUGCUGGCGUCGGGCCUACUGAACGAUCUGCCGAUGAGUUGAAGCGACUUUCGUCCAUAGGAGGACCAAUACCGCUUCCAGUCGGGGCACUCACCAUUCAGCCCGAGCCAGUGCAAGCAAGCAACCAGUCUAAUAGUCUGCUGGCCAUGCUGCACGGAAAUCAGCCUGCCAAGAUCAUCGGCACAUUGCCUAAGACACCGUCCGAGCAGAUUGACCCUGCGUUUCCAUCGCAACCGCCACAAACUCCACACCCUCCCAAUCCUCGCCACCCUUCAUCCGGACAGCUACAAGCGCAGGUAACACACCAUCAGUUUACGCUUCCACCUCAACAUUUUCACCAACAGCAUUCCGUCCAACAGAACUACCCCUUGCCAUCGGGCGCUACCGGUCCUGGGUCUGGUCCCAGUAACCAACCCCAAAAGAGCAACUUUGCCAACUUUCCGCCACAUUUGCAGCGAGAGUUACUUGACCAGCACCGGCAGCACCAGGGUAUCUCCGGAAACCUAUCCCAAGGAGGACAUGUUCCGCAGUUUGAGCAACAAGCAAAUGCAGCUGCGAGCUCCUUCAAUUUGUACCAGCAGAUACAGACCCCGAAGGCUCAGCCAAACACUGCUAGCCGCGGGCCACAGCAAUGGCCAUUCCACGGUCAAGCCGCGCCCCUAGCAAGUCCAAAGGGACCACCACAAGUUGCAAAUAGACCUCCAGGCUUGGUCGCGCAGACAACACAGAAUGCGCAGAAACCACUUGGUAGCGAGUCUUCUGUUCCCGAGGCCUCAAGCCUUCCACAACCCAGGUUGAAUGCUCACUCAAUGGAGUUGCUGGAGGUAUUGAAGAGUGUUGGUGGUAACAACGCAGCUACUACGUCGGCCUCUCAGAGGCAUGCUCAAAACGGGCAGAAGGCUGGAAGUCAGCAGCAAGCAGCUUUACUGAAUCUUUUCAAGAAGACUACACUUGAUCCGGAGCCAGCACAACCACCUGCAGCAGAGGGUCAUCACACACCGGCGCCUGUCUCACCGGCACUGACAGACGCUACGGUCAAACCAGCGACCAAGAAGACGGAACGGCGGACCACUUUCAACGAAAUAACGCGGACCCUACCUCCGAAAACGAAGUCGAAGUCUCCCGAGCUGCCGAUCGCGGGACCUGAUCAGCUAUCCAUACAUGCAAAAGCGAAUGCGCAACCGGCCGAGGCAAGAACCAUGCAGGCGCCCAAGUCAGACGACUUCACGGAGGGGCGGCCAAUGUCUCGGGGUAAGCUCUACAAUCCAGCCAACCCUCAAAAGUUCGUCCGCGCUUCUUCCCAAAGUAAGAAGCCGGAGCCGGGCUCUAUGCCUCCUGUUGCAACUUUGCAAAAGCAGCCAGCGAGAGCACCACCGAAGACUCAGCAAAACCAAACAACUCAUGAGAACGGCCAGCCGACGCCGCAGUUUAGUAUCCUGCAGCGCCCGGGCUCAUCCACCGGCGGAGGGCCACGAUCACCAUUGCCACAGAAGCCCCUCAGGCAGGAAGCAAAUGCACCUGCGUUCCAGCCGCAAGUGCUCAAGCGGCCGUCCACGGGUACGUACGAAGGUGAACGUCCCAGUUCUGUCAGCCAUGAAAAUGGCGAUGGAAAGAAGGACCACCUCCUAUCGCUCUUCGGUAAACCGACCAGUUCUGCGACACCGCCACCGCCCGCCAGCCCGCAAGCAACUGUCACUACAGAGCCUCAGCGCAGCAGCCAGCACCACAGCGGCCUUCUCAGCCUCUUCAAUGGCAAAACAGGAGCACUUUCAACAGCAAAGACUCCAGAACCGACUCCGCCUCCAGCGCCCCAGCUUGUUCCGGAGCGGAAGCCAUCCCAGCAGGCUACGCAGGCGCAUGGCGGCCCCCAGCAGCAACAACUUUUGCUUAAUCUGUUCAACAAGCAAAGCUCGAGCGCAGCCUCCAGUCCGGGCACCCCGAUCUCUCCGUUCAUGCUCGGAUAUCCCAUGGCCAAGGAGUCCCCACAUAUCAAGCAACAAUUACCACUGCCCGGCCAGGCUUUGGUUUCAAGAUCGCGACUAGGUAGCAUUGCUUCGAACGCUAGCAACGGGACGCCGAGACCAAGCGGUCAGCAGACGCCGACGAGUGCGACGCCUACCGCGGAGACGAAGGACUUCCUACUGGGAUACCUCAAUGGUGUUGUUCAGAAAGAAGGAUCCCGGUCUUCGAGGAGACAGCAGUGA